AUGAUCGGAGCUCGGGUUAUAAAUGCUUUUUCUUGCUUUACUGCGCAUUAUCCGUUUGUUUUGUGCCUCCUUGGCAUAAUCGCGUACUCGAAGUCGCUUUUUGUGGAGAGGUCCCCCGUGGGCCAGCACAACACCGCGUCUUCGCAGCCACUAUAUAAGAAGGGUGUUAUUUUGCUCAUGGACGGCGUGCGUGCAGAUGCGAUCCACCGGGUGGAUCCUUCCUUCAAAACCAAAUAUCACGACAACUUCAGCGUGCUCUCUACAAUACCCGCACAGGACGUGUUCAGAGCGGUCAGUGUAACAGAUCUUCCAACAGGCACUGCCAUGCGAGUUCUUUCAACGUUUUCGGGCAUUCCCACGACGCUUUUGUCUGCACAGCGGUCUUUCUCGAUGCAGGCCAGCAACGUGGACAACUUUGUCACACAAGUACAGAGAAAUGGAUACUCUCUAAAGUUCUACGGAGACGAGACAUGGACGUACCUGUUUCCAGACAUAAAAACCAGCAUCGGAGAAGUGUACCACCCGUACGGGCUCAUUCCCAUGGCUGAAGAGGAGAGAAUAAUUGAAAAGGCUCUUUCUGUGCAGAAAGAGACCGAUGUUCUGAUCCUCCACAUGAUAUCCCCGGACUCAUACGGGCAUGUGUACGGAAUAGACAGCACAGAAGUAAAAGCCACCCUUGAGGCAAUGAACAAGCUGAUCAGCGCUCUGCACGAGAGGCUUGACGACGAGUCUUUCAUUGCCGUUCUGUCCGACCACGGAGUGAACGAAGACGGCUCUCACGGAGGCACGUCCUUUAAGGAAAAGGCAGCUUCUUUUAUGUUUAUCGCGAAAGGAGCACUUUCCAACGCACCGGACCAUCUUUUGCACGCCCCCAAAACCCGGGCGUACACAGAAAACAUUCAGGAUGUCUCGCAGCUCAACCUCGCAGAGCCUGUGAACAUCAUCUCGCAAAACGACAUUCUUCCCACGCUCUGCGCCUUUCUGGGGGUCCCUGUGCCAUACAACUCUUCGGGUGCUCUUAUUCCGCAGAUACUUCAUCCAGACAAGCACAGAAGCAUAUACGAAUGGGAAAUUGCCAGGCAAAAAAAAGCCUUGGAGCUUCUGCACGGAGUGUCUAGGCCGGAAAUUCUCCCAAAAGUGGAGAAAAAAAAUGUUUUUCAGUCUGCCCCUUCAGAGGCCAAAGCCAAGGCGCCGCACACGUGGGAGACACUCGGCAGCAGCAUAAAUGAGCUCAUCCAAACCAACCAGAUCCUCAGCGCGAAUAUACACGAUCUGUUCCACGCAUCGUCCCUUCCUGGGAUGCUUUUGGGCCUUUUCACCAUGGGCCUUGGCUGCGCUCUGCAUCUGCUCCUGGCCCGAAUCAACGUGUUCUCUCCAUACGUUGCGCUUUCCGUCUUUUCCAUAUUUAUGGUGGCGCACUCUGUAUACUCAAUCAUUCACGAAGACAUUAUUUCCAUUCUUAUGUGCCUUGUGUGUGGCAGACUGGCCUUGUCUCCACACAUUUACGCCUUUCUGCCGGUCUCUUUGCUGGUGGGCGAGCAUCCUCUGCACGCGAUGGACCGGUUCCGCUGGAUCCGCUGGAUAGGAAAGGUGCCGCACAGGUACAGGCCUCUCCCGCGCGUGGAUAACCUUCUUUUCGCAGGGUCUGUUCUCUGUGUUUGCUUGGGAAAAGUCACCCGCGGGUGGCACAAGCGCUCGCAUCUGCUCUCUUCGCUGGGCGCAUGCCUGUUCUCUGCAAGCAGGUUUUUCUCGAAUGGCAUUCCCAGAGCAUCGCGGUCCUUUGUGGCGCUUCUCCAGCCAGGCCUGCUUUCCUCUGUUCUCUACGCGCCAGCUUCUGCAAUUUCGUUUUACUUCGUUUUUUCGCCUUUGGUUCUGCUCAGCAUACGAAAAAUAGAGUGCGACGUGCGCAGAGGAUGUUUUCUGUUCUUCCUGAUAAAGUGCAUGUUCUUUGUCACCGGGCACAACCACGCUCUUUCCUCCAUCAACUGGGAGUCUGCCUUCCUGUUUAGCAGAAAGUCCAUUCCUGUGCUCUCUGGGGUCUUUGUGGCUGCGGAUUUGCUUCUUCCAUACAUCUACGUGGCAUAUGCGCUAGGCAUGGGCCUGCUCCGCACUUUGCACAUGGUUGUGCUUUUGCAGGGCGUUUGCGCUGUUCUCGUAUGCGCAAUCAACUUUUGGUUUAUUGACAACUCUCUAAUGUGGUUUAUCUUCACGGGGAGAACGAUCUUCGAGUGCUUCUUUUUGAUUGCGUUCAUGGGCAUACAAGGCGGAAUGGGCCUGUACAGCGCUGCAAGAGGCACUGGACACUACAGCCCAGGCCCGCGCAAAGGAAUUAUUAAAGGCCUGCGAAAAGCCGAAAAGAACAAAGCCUAG